AUAAUUUUACCCAACACAUGUUUUAAAUAAAUUAUUGCAAUGUUCCAAAAAUAAAUUAUUUAAAUAAAAAUGUUUACUUAAAUGAACAUAUAAAUAAAAAAAUGUUUUGAUUUUACUAAAUUGAAGAAUAAUUUUUCCCUAAUAAUUAAAGAAAAUUUUCAAGUAUCUUAUUGGAAAAAGUUAGUAAAAGUUUUUUUAAAAAAAGGUUUAGAAAAUGCCAAUUAUCAAGGCCCGCUCUUAUGAUGGAUCUCCAGCUUUCAAUCAAGCAUGGUCUGUUGUUACAAGGAGUAUGCACACAGAAAUGUUGUCCAAACCAAGUCCUAGAAGACUAGCUCCUUGGCCUGAUCCAAAUGCUUAUCAAUCCUUGCCAAUUGAAAUCUCUCCCGCAACUCUACACUAUAAUACCAGUAAGCGAUUAAAAAUCCUUAGCCGAGUGCCUAGAGGAAAAUAUACACCAAAGUAUAAGACACAAAUGCCUUCAGAGCACCAUGUAGAGCCUGGAAAUUUAACAUUUAUUCCAGGCCCUCGGUUAUUAGAACUGGCACAGCCUAGAGCGCCAGCUGCAGCUUCAAAGGAUAGAAGGUCUACUAAGAAAAUAAGAAGGAAACAUAAGAAUGCGGAGAAGGAACUAGAGGAAUGGUUGGCACAAAGAGCUGCUCCAAAGCCGAUUCCACCCCAACCUCCAGUUCCAAAAUGGAAAAGAAAAACAACACCUCUUUCCCCAGAAGAACAUGAAGUAAGGAUUAUUCAGCUUUCGAGGCCACCACCUCGUUACAUGAUUCAACCUGACCCCUGGGAUCCAUAUCAGGUCAAUCCAAAAGCAAAACGAGCAAGAGCAACAAAAAGAACUCUAGAGCUAGCUGCACAUCGAGAACUUCCAGAAGAAGCAAGGUUGGAUCUAGCAUAUAAACCCUUUACUAUAAAGAAAUCAGCUCUAAAAUAUAAACCGACAAAAAGAAUACUUGACCUCUCAGAGCCAGUGGUCAAAAGAACAGCUGCCAACAAUGAUGUAAGGGAGGAUGCUUUCCAAGUUCCAGCAAGAGCUUUAAAAGCUAUGUGUUCGAAACGUACUAAAGAACUAGCAAAACCAAUAGUAAGACGAGGGUGGUAAUUGGCAGAUAAAAAAAGAAAUAAAUAAAAGGCAAUCCACU